UCUCCCUGCCUCUUUCCGUGUCCGGCCGCCGCAGCGAGGGGAGCCGCCGCCAUGUCCGCGCAUCUGCAGUGGAUGGUCGUGCGGAACUGCUCCAGCUUCCUGAUCAAGAGGAAUAAGCAGACCUACAGCACCGAGCCCAAUAACCUGAAGGCCCGCAACUCCUUCCGCUACAACGGGCUGAUUCACCGCAAGACGGUGGGCGUGGAGCCGGCAGCCGAUGGCAAAGGUGUCGUGGUGGUCAUGAAGCGGAGAUCCGGCCAGCGGAAGCCUGCCACCUCCUACGUGCGGACCACCAUCAACAAGAACGCCCGGGCCACCCUCAGCAGCAUCCGGCACAUGAUCCGCAAGAACAAGUACCGCCCGGAUCUGCGCAUGGCUGCCAUCCGCAGGGCCAGCGCCAUCCUGCGCAGCCAGAAGCCUGUUAUGGUGAAGAGGAAGCGCACGCGCCACACCAAGAGCUCCUGAGCCCCUUCCCCUCACCCAGCAAUAAAGAGUCAGCUGACUUAUUCUCA